GCUGGUUCGGUCUGGUCUAUCCACUAUUCCAUUCAGGACAGAUUGUCCAGAAUCCAGACUGUAGACCGGACUUGUCCAGUGUUCCGAUUGAAGUAUCUACUCUAUUUACUUACUUUGUUCCUGUUCUAAAACAAGUAUGAUGCAUAAUAUUAUAUUAGUGAUCGUCGAUUAAUAAAUGUUUUUAGUUUUAAAUUCUCGUAAGAAGUGUAUACAUGUUGAUGUAAACAUUCCAUUAAUAAUUACAACGAUUUUUUAAAAUCUUGAAAUGGCUGGCAAAGAUGCUGAUUCCGUAGUUAAACAAGGAUUCAUGGUGAAACGAUCUCAAAACAAGAAGCGAUUUACUCCUGUUAACUUCAAACAACGAUGGUUUGUCUUAACCAAGCGCUACCUAGUCUAUUACGAUUCUGAUUCAGAAGCUGCGGACCCUGGUGUAGGCUGCUUAGAUCCUCUACACCAGCUAAUCAGGCGUCGCAAGGAGAGAGGACGUAUCGUGCUGAGUUCGGUGCGGAUAGUGGAGCCAGCUGCUAUCAGUUUGCCGGGAGAGUUAGAUAACAACGCACUCAACAACUCACCUGCACCUGCUAGCGGCUCACCCCUGCAGGUGGGCUACUGUGACGCUGGCCAGGAGUAUACGCUUUAUCUAGUGGCACCGCGGGAGCAAGAACGCGAUGACUGGAUCAAUGCCUUGCGCUCAGUGUGCUGUGACAAUGCAUCUCUGAGUGACCGCUACCACAAGGGUCUGUGGAACGGCAAGCGCUGGUCGUGCUGUCGUCUGUCCACGAGAUCAGCUGUCGGUUGCGACCAGACUUCAGUCUGGGCAUCUGGCGCAGAUAAGUCUGACCUCAGCAUCAUCUCUCAUAUCGGUGCCCCGUCGACCCCCAUCAUGCCCGGUGGCACGCCCGCCCUCAAGACUAAGCAAGAUCAGAUGGUGAGGACGAAAGUUGUGGUGGCACUCUAUCCUUUCAAAGCUAUCGAAGGAGGGGACUUGUCAUUAGAAAAGGGUGCAGAAUAUGAAGUGUUGGACGAUUCACAGGAACACUGGUGGAAAGUCAAGGACGAGACAGGAUCAAUUGGAUACAUUCCUAGCAAUUAUGUUAAAGAAAAAGAAUUAUUAGGUCUACAGAAAUAUGAAUGGUAUGUUGGGGAUAUGUCCAGACAAAGGGCCGAAUCAUUGCUCAAACAAGAAGACAAAGAAGGCUGUUUUGUCGUCAGAAACUCCUCCACCAAAGGCCUAUAUACUCUUUCAUUAUAUACCAAAGUUCCACACCCGCAUGUAAAACACUACCACAUAAAACAAAAUUCUCGAGGAGAUUUCUUUCUGUCAGAGAAACACUGCUGUGCGACGAUCCCAGAUCUGGUAAAUUACCACAGACACAACAGCGGGGGUCUGGCUAGUCGACUGAAGACUUCUCCCUGCGACCGUCCUGUGCCGGCUACUGCUGGCCUCAGUCAUGACAAAUGGGAAAUAGACCCUGCGGAACUGAUGUUACUGGAGGAGCUGGGGUCAGGUCAAUUUGGGGUGGUGCGGCGGGGCAAGUGGCGUGGAUCCAUAGAUACUGCUGUCAAGAUGAUGAAGGAGGGUACAAUGUCUGAGGAUGACUUCAUAGAAGAGGCCAAAGUCAUGACGAAGCUGCAGCACCAAAACCUAGUACAAUUGUAUGGUGUAUGUAGCAAACAUAGACCUAUUUAUAUAGUGACUGAAUACAUGAGGCAUGGGUCACUGUUGAACUACCUAAGACGGCACGAAACCACUCUUGGGUCCAAUGUAGGCCUACUCCUAGAUAUGUGCAUACAGGUAUGUAAAGGUAUGGCAUAUUUAGAAAGGCACAACUAUAUCCAUAGAGACCUCGCAGCCCGAAACUGCCUUGUCGGCUCAGAAAAUGUAGUUAAAGUAGCAGAUUUUGGGCUAGCCAGGUAUGUGUUGGACGACCAGUACACCAGUUCAGGGGGCACCAAAUUUCCUAUCAAGUGGGCACCUCCUGAAGUCCUCAAUUAUACUAGGUUUUCUUCCAAGUCUGAUGUCUGGGCUUAUGGUGUUUUAAUGUGGGAAGUGUUCACCUGUGGGAAAAUGCCUUAUGGUCGCCUCAAAAACACUGAAGUUGUUGAUAGAGUACAACGAGGGAUCAUCCUGGAGAGACCAAAAGCCUGUUUUAAAGAAGUUUAUGAGAUAAUGCGGCAGUGUUGGUGCCACAACCCUGAAGAUAGACCUUCGUUCCGUUCACUCAAAGAUCAACUGUGUGUGGUCUCUCAAGGCCUGCUUGCCGACUGACUCGCCCUCCUCCAUACCCUCGUGCCCUGUCCUCUCUGUGCCCUAUUGGGCCAGCACUUGUCGCUUCGUUAGUAUAAUCUGUCCUUGUACGCGCUUUGAUCCCCUCCUCAAUCUGUGUAUGCGCUCAUUCAACAAGUGGAUAGAAUCUGAAAUAUUUGUCAUAUACUUUUUGACUGAUUAAGGUUGAUAAUCAUGAGUGAAUAUUUAAAGCAUUUGAAUUAAUUUUGUAUUAUUGAAAUCUUGCAGCAACAUACAUUUUAAAUGUGUAAUUUUAUCUUUAUUAAAGAAUGUGAAAAUAAUUGCGAGCAAUGAUAGCAUUUUGCUGCUUUUAAUGACUUUUCAUUAAAAAUAGCAUAUAUUGAUGUUUUAAUAAAAUAUAUUUAUAUAUACAACUUCAUUUAAAGUUGUGUUUAUAUAAUAAUAAAAUUAUAUACUAAACAUUUCUGAUACAGGAUAAUAAUUUGCACAAGAUGAAAGUGAUUAAAAAAAGUUAAAACUAAUUUAUGUGAUACAGUUAGAGUAUUUCUGACUAAGUCAAACAUAUUUUAAAAUACAAAAAAAAUUUUCACAUUUUAUUCUUCGCAUAGUUUGAAGAUGUCUUUAUAAGUUUAUAAUGUUUUUUAAAUAAAUCUUAAUAUUUUAUAUUUCUGCCUAUAUUUUGUCCAGUAUCUGAGUGCAGUAUCUGUCUCUGUUGUGUAUGUUGGGACAACCUCAAUCAGUCAAAUUUUGCUGCCCAAUAGAAUCUUUUUGUGUGAUAUUUUAAUUAAUUUUAUAGGAGUGUUUUAUGGUGACUGUAUUUUAAACUAUGAUCUGGCUAUAUGAUCAGUUUCAGUAUUUAUUUUUUAUGAAUUGUCCUAACUGUGUGGUUUUUAAUUGGUUAAUUGUGAUUGUUGGCUAUGACCUAGCUAUUAAAAUGUAGUCAUUUAUUUUAGAAUUUAUAAAAAAAAUUAAAAGAAAUGUGCAAGCACUGAAUUUUUGUGGAAUUGAGUUCUGGCCUCACUUAACCAUUAAGUUUUUCAUUACUGCUACUCUAGUUUUCAUCAACUACCUCUGUUUCAGGACUAUUCGGUUUAUUAAAUAAACAUUUUAGUUGUUGACUAUUAAAAAAAAAAUUAAUAUAAAGCUAAUAUCAAUGCAAUCAUUAUUAAAAUGUCUUGAGAUUAGUUUAAAAUAUUUUUUUAAUUUUCUAAAUUUUACACUAAACUUUGGUAAAUAUUGGGUUUAAGUGCUUCACUGAUAUUUAUCUAAAACAACCCUUGCAAUAUAUGUAAUGAUGUAAACUUUAAAUAGCAUCAUGAAUUUUAGCAUGAAAACUAAUUAAAAAUGACAGGUAACUUAUAAAAAUUCCAGGGCAUCUCAACACAUAUGAUCAAGGCAAUAAAAAUUGAAAGGACCAUCCUUCUCACAAUUGGAUGAUCACUAUUCCCAUAUUUAGAUGGUAAAUUAGUAUAUUUAUUAUCUGCACUUAAAUUGUGUGGUGUUAAUUCAAGUUAACACCCAAAGGUAAAUUUAUUCCUAUUAAGGAAUCUUGUGCCUUUAGAUCAUUAUAAGUGGAGCAGAAUAAAUAACUAAUUUUCAAGAUAAUAAAUUAGCCGAAAUACGAUGUUUAAAAAUCUGAUAUUGUGCUCAUUUCUUUAGGUGAUAAUAUCUAAAACAUAAGCUUUUAUUAAGAAAGGUUAAAAAAUAAAGAAACAAUGUUGACCAUGCCAAUAAGUUAAACCCACACACAAUAAGUGAAAUAAAGCCUAUAACACAGUUAAAUAAAAAUUGGAACACCAACAAAUGGGCAACAUGCAAAAGGGUUCCACACAUACUGAUAAGAGAAUGAACUCUGUAUAAAAGAGCAGAUAUUGGUUCCCUAAUUGUCAUGUUUCAGUUAUUUAAGCAUCACUUAACAGCAACAAAAUAUGUUCCUAACAAACCAUCCAUCAUUUCAAAUUAUCCAUCAUCAAUAAUAAACGAUCAACAAAGAAUUUGGAAGUGUUUUAUUUGAGCACAACAUUUGAAAUUUAAAUUAAAAUUAAAAUUAUUGGACCAUCUAUGUUUAACAAAAUGAAAUUUAAGUGGAUAAAUUGCAAUAUUAAUGCCUCAAAAAUAUAUUAGAGGUGUAAAAUGAGCUGCAGAGACAGAAUAUGAAUACAAUAAAUACAGCUUUCAAAGUCCUUGGUGUUAAAAUUUUUCCUGUAAAUGUAGUAUAAAAAAAAAGAAAAAGAAAACGCUUAAGAGUUGCAUCAUUAAAAUGUUUUUGUUUUAAAUAUGGAAUUUACAGUAUGUGAUGUAUUAUUACAUUAACACUCUUGUUGUUUUUUAUUAUGGAAAUAAUUAUGAAAAUUUAAAAAUAAGUGUAUUGAUAAAGAUUUGUGGGUAUAUGAAGCUAUUACUUUUGCAUAGCUUUAAAUUAUGUGUUUAUGCUACAUUGAGUUUUUUCUUGUGCCAUUUUUCUUUGGCUGUAUUCUAUUAUUUCUUGACAGUGCGUUUUCAUAUUUACGAAUUAAUUUAAACAAAUAAGUAUCAGUGAACUCAUAGUGAAAAUUCAAAUAAGUAAAGAUUUAUAGUAAUGAAAUUGUGUACAUUACAAUUAUUUUCAUUAUAAUUUUUUUUAAAUGAAACAAGAAUUAUUACCCUUUAACUUUUGCAUAAUUAAUAUUUAUUGUUGUUUAAAUCAGCUCUUAGGUUUUAAUUAUUUGAAUUUAAAAAGGAAUAAGAUUAGCAUAAUAAAAGAAAAUUAAGUAACACUGCGAAGAUGCUGAGCUCGAGUCUGAUUAAAUUGAAUUUCUCUCAGAGCAAAUUAUGCAGGAAGGUUUUACUCCAUGAUCUGGAAAACUGAGUUACUCUGAAUCAGUGUAGUUCUUGUACGAGUACUAACUUAUUUAAACAUUAUUUGAAUUUAUGUUUAUAUUUAACCUCAGUAAAGUUUGUAAUUGUAUUAGUUUUGAGUAAAUAAAUUACAAAAGUUAUCUUCUUUAACGAUUUACUAGUUGUAAUUUUAUUAAUUUAUUUUUUAAAGCCAGAAAGUAUAAUGGAUCUUGAAUGUUAAAAAUGCUCUAGUUUACCUCAUGUCAAUUUAAAACUACUUCAUUUAAAAAAUAUAACACAAUGUGAGUUAUGCUCUCACAGUUAUAUCUCUCUGUUUUUAUACUGCUCUUGAUGUAUAUACUCUUAUCUGAGUCCUAUUCUACCGGUAUGCAAGUGAUGAGUGGUUUUUUUGGAGGGUUACUAUCAAAGGAAUUGUGUAAUACUAAACUCAUGUAAAACGGUCACUGCCUUUAUUAAUUCUGUAAUGUUGUAUUGGCCUUGUGUAGUGGCCUGACCAAAAUUAGACUCAUGACAUGGUUCAUACGUCUUAUAUUCACUGACACUGCUCAGUGGUUGCGAAUUUUAUUAAUGACUGCUUCCAUGUUUUAAUUUCUACUGUUUUAUCAUCAUCCAAGCAAUAACACUAGCUGGUCAUAUCGCAAUAGUGAAUGAUAUAAAUUCAUAAUGUAACAUGUACAAUAUAAGGAAAGCACUCUCAACACUUACUCAGUUUUUUGACGCUCAGUGAGUAAAAAUGAAGCUUCAAAUUAAAAUAACUGUGUAUUUUUGGAAACAAAUUCAAAUUUGUGAAUUGAUAUAAUUGUGACAGAGUAAUAACAUUAUUCUGUCUAAUUAUAUCAAAUAUUUUAUUUUUACAAUAACAUGUUAUUUACACCUAGAUUGAGCUGCAACAACUUAUAGCAAUUGAUGAAUGAUUUUGCUAUGGGCUUAUAUAAUUUACUAGACUGUAUGUUAGAAACCAAGUGUGGAUUUGCUGUUGACAUCAUGAUGUAAUUGGAGUAAACUAUCGUACAAAACAGUAUAAUGUGAGCAUAUAAUAGUGGGCAGCCUGUUCAACAGCUGUGUGGUAAUUUAACAGAUUCUGUCCUGCAUAUUCUGUUUGUACUAUAGUUUUCCUACAGUUCUUAGUGUUUGUUGUUAUUUAGGUGUGCUAGUACUUACAAAUGUUGGAGCAUAACUUUACAGAAAAUUCUAGUUAGUUUGGAAAUUAUAUAAUAAAAACAGAUUCUGAUCCUUAUUAGGAGCAGAUUUGUUUGCUGUGUUUAAAAUUUUAUUCAUCAAGAAAUGUUGUGGUCCAACUAAUGUCAGAACAAGUUAAAUAAUAAAAAAAUAUUUUAUUUUAAAAAACUGUUGAAAACAAAUAUAAUGACUUCUGCUCUAGUAAAUGAGCUCCUCUUCAAGUCGCCACUCAAGUUCUGUAAACUGUUUCACGUCCUAAUUCCAUAAAUUAUUCCAAGCAAUUAUUCAUAAGCAUUCCAAUAAUUUAACAAUUUGUUGGUUGAGUAUAAAUUUAUUUGAUCUCCUUGUUACUUAGGGAUAGAUAUUGGUUUUUUUCUACGCGUUUCUUGGGAUACAUUUUAUAUUCUAUAAUUUGAAAAUUUAGUGCAAAAGUCAGUUAAAUAAUCCAGAGUAUUGUUCAAACGCUCUUUUAAAGUAGACAUUUAAGACUGAGUUAUUUACUGUAACAAACCUCUUGUUCAAUGUAGUCUUAUCAGUUAAGUGGAGCGGUAAAGUCCCUUUAAGAUGACAAGUAAAUUGUUAAUUGUUAUUUAUGUUGUAUAAAUUUUGAAAUUAACAUUACAAUAUAGAAUAAAUUAAACGUUUCUCUAUACUAGACGUUGAGACAUAUUUAAGUAGCAAAGAUUUAGUUCCAUGUUGAAGUGGAUCAGUGGAAUGUGUAAAAAUUAUUGUUAAAUUUAGUUUACAUAGUUUUAAUGUUUACUAUUACACAUAGUGGUUUAUUAUUACUUCUUAGCUUUGUUAGUAAUUUAGAAUACAACCUCAGUACGGUCCUUAUUGUUUACUUUGUAUUGUAUGUGUGAAAAUAGUCUAUCGAACAUUGUGAUAUUCAGUAUGCCUAGGUUUUGUAAUUAUAGUCUUAGGUUUGUAAAAAUGUGUAUCAUAAUAAAUAGCUACAGGGUUCUUAGUAAUUUUUGUUUAUGUGCUCAAAAUAAAUUAUGACUGACUUUUAUUCUUGUCUUAUAUUCAUUUUAAGUUGUCUUCCAUAACUCUUGCUGUAGGUUUAUAAUUGAAUGAUUUACCUCAUGUGAGUAUACAGUCCAGCAGGAAUGUUUUUAUCAGGCCUUUUGCAUUUUGUUGUUAAUUAACUUUCCUUUAUUAAUUGAAAUUAAAUGCACAAAACCCUACUAUUUAAUCUAAUUGUUCGUUUAAAAAAAUGUUAUAUGUUGAAUGUAUAUGUGUUGAGGGAUUAAUUCAAUAAAUAUUUUUCUUAAAUUAUGUUUACUAAAGAAUAAACUACAGUCAAUUUCUGAUUACCAGAGUUAAUUACAGAAUAAAAUUUACAGAAGAUAAUUCAAAUCAAAGAUUUGCUGUCUAUUUUCAAAGUAAAAAUAUAUAUAUAUAUAACAUAAACCACUUGGCUAAGUGAUUUGGAGUGUUCUUUGUAGAGAAGUUAAGUAACACUAUUUCAUUGAAUUUAUUUUAUACUAACAAUUUAGACUGGUAUUACAUAAUAAUUAACUUGUUAAACUAGAGAAAGCAUAUAAUUAAAAUAUAAACGUUAUUAAUAUGGUUUAAUGAAAUGUGCCAGUAAACAAUAGAACCACAAGAUGAACUUUGUUUUAGGAAAACCCAUCUUAGAAAUUGAAGAACCGCUGUAUUAGUCUAUUAUUGGCAAUUUACUUUUAGCUGCUUGAUUACAAAAGGGAUAAAUAUGUAAUGUAACAUAUACCAGACAAGAAUUGAUAUCGUCUUCUUAAAAAUUUUAUUACAUAAUAUUUACUUUAGAAAUUAUUAAAUAAUCUAUUUAAGAAAUACUUUAAAUCUGGACUGAAAAACCUGCUAUUAUAAAAUUAUAAAUGUUCAAACUUUUAUAUUUUAUAAAUAACUUGUAUUGUGUAAAAUAAAAUCCGUGCAAAGAAAAACAUACAUAUUUUUUUGUUCAUAUAAAUACUUAAAGGUACAAUGUAAUGGUACUACUUUGGGUUGAGGAAUUUGCAAAAUUGUGCUGCCAAUUUCAGUGACAGUUUUUUUUUCUAACUAAAUGUAUCAGAUGUCAGUAUGGUACAUAAAUUAAAAAUACAAGUAACAAUUCAAAGUCUCUCUAAAGAAACAUGUCAAUUAAAUAAACAAAUCUGAUGCCAUCGUUAAAGAAUACCUUGAAAAGGAUAAGGCUAUCCUUGGUGUUAACUACCACAUGCAAUCUAAAAUUGUGAGAUUGUAUUAAUAAAGAAACAAUAAGAUAUGCUCUAUGGACAUUGUUUUUACUCGUAAAUAUUUGAUUUCCUUUUAUAAACUAUGUUGAAAAAGUCAGAGAAUUAAGGUACAAUAGUUAGAAAGAAUCCCCCCCACUUUAUUAAGGAUCCACCCCAAUCAUUCAUUAGUAGUUUUUUCUAUUUACAGGCACAAAAAAUUUUGUAGGUAAUGAACGUGAUAUAAGUACAUAUCCUUCAAGUGAUGAAAUAGUUUGUUUCAGCUGUAUAUAGGUUUCUGAGUUAUUGCAAUGCAGGUACAAAACUGAUUAGUACGAGUAAACCUGGAAGAAAUAUAUGGUUCUGAUCAGAGCUGCGCAGAGGAAGUUUAUCCCUUAGGUUUUCAACUUAAGAUUGUCUCUCAGCUUGGGGACCAUUAGGAUGGGUAAGGCAGUUUUGUUAUAGUUAAAGUGGAGGAUUAUCAUCAUAUCUUUGCAGGCCUCUCAGAGUGGCCUUCCAAGAUUUCUUCUAGUUCAACGUGGCAGACCACUAAAUGUGAACGACUCGAUUACGCAGUUCUAAACUUCAAUCCUUAUUCUAGCAUGACUGGAACUUGCUGUAAUUUCUUGUCCAAAUAGUGAACUAAAUUAAUAUUUAUUUCACUAUUUGCAGCCCAAGUCAUAGAAAACAUAAGUCUAAUAAAUGAGUGAAUUACUUUUAAAUCCCAGUAAUUUAAAUGGUUGAAUCUCAAAUACUACAAUUUAAAUUACUCGAAUUUAACACAUGGUUGCAAAAUUGGACAAAGGAAGCUACGAACACUAGGCGUAGUACACUCAAUGGCUUGCCAAGGACUAAGGGUUUAAAAUAUGCCAGUUAUUUUAUAAUGAUAAAGUUUUGCCACUCAUCACUCAUAUUUUUUUUAAUGAAAUUGAAAUAAGAAAUGAAGAGUAGUGGGUUAAGAUGACAUCUUUCAUACUGGAAAAGAAUGGAUUCAAUUUCAUGUUCUUCAAUGACCCAAUGUAUGGUAUAUUUUUAAUUAUAUCUAAAUAUAAUAUCCAAUUUUAGUAGAGCAGUUUAAAUGUGCCAUUAAUAUACUUAUGAUAACAAUUUUAUAAAUGUUUAACUUGUUGGAAUGCUAAUAACUAUCAAUGUGAACAUUGAAUGUGUGCAAAUCCUGUGAAUGUUUCCUGAAGAGGGCAUGGCUUGUAAUAGUAGCUCUGGGACCUAACGUCUAUUGUGCUCUUUGUCAUGUACUGCAUAAAUGAAAAAUGGCUGAUGCCUUUUGCUAGCUGCAUAUUUCACUCCAACAUUUAAUAUUUUGACAUGAAUCAAAAUUGUUUAAAAUAUACAUUUAAUUAUGUAUAGUUUUGUAAUUACUUAUCAAAAAUUUCACUUUAGUGACUUAAAUACAAGUGGGAAAGUUAUAAAAUUUUGUAUAGAUUUUAACCUUAACUGUUAAACGUUACAUACCCAUAAAGAUUUUUAAUACAAUUUUGAAAAUUACAAAUUUAAAGUAUAGGUUUUUAUAGAGUCUGUAAUAGUUUAAUUUUAUUAAGUUUUCAUUUAUUAGAUCUUAAAUUCAAUCUACAAUAUGGGUGAUUGACUAUCAAAUUAUCGGAAAUUGACUGUAAUCUUUAAUUAUAUGUUUUAAAUUUAUAUUUGUAUCUUACUCUAUUGUUAUUGUAAGGAAGUUUAAUCAGAGAUUUGAGGGAAGUAAGAUACAAAGUUUGAAGUAGAAAAUAAUUUUGUUGUCGUGUUGUUUGAUUUUAGACUGGGCUGUAUAUUUGUCAGUGAGUGUCAGUAAUAAUGAAUAUUCGAAACAAAAAUAAAAUUACAAAUUGUAUAAGUGUUUUUACUUAAUCAAAAAUUAAUUUAUGUAAAACUUUAAUUUCUGUACAAAUCUGUUUAAAUGUUUUUUGAAAUACAUGAUAACAAAAAUAUUGUUUCUAUUUAAGAGUAUGUUUGUUCUUUGAUUAUUAUACUUAACUUUUUAAUAUUUAUAUGAAAAGUAAAAGUCUAAUUGGAUUUGGAUGUAUAUUAUAAAAAAUAAUGAUUUCUUAUUAUUUAUCAUAUUAAUUUAUAAAUAUUGUAGUAGCAGUCACUUAGUGUUUUAAUUUGACUGAUCUCUGUUAAAAUGAAUUAUAUAUCAUACCUUUGGUAGUUUAGUAAUUUGUUUACGGUAUUCUUAAACAUCUUAACAAUUUGAGUACAGGUUUUGACACUAAAUUUGUCUGGAAUAAUUUAUUCAUAAAAUUACUAUCUGCAAGUACUAUUGAGUAAGCAAGAAUUUGGUUGUAAAAAUGUAGCUGACUGGCUUUUCUUGAAAUAAUCAAAGUAAAUGGUUAAUUUGAAGCCUUUAUAUUUAUAAAUCAUUGCAUUAUUUUUCAUAAAAAUAUACAUAUCUGUCUUAUUGCCCUACGUUUUAUUUCAUUUACCAGACAGAGAAACAAUUGAAACUUAAUCAUUCCCUUACAGAAAAUCUGUCAUAUCUGGCUGAAUGUGGUGAUGGAGUAGGUGGGAUACGAAAUUGUAACAUAAAAAAUAUGUUUAUAGGAAAUUUUAUAGAGAGGGUGAAUACUGUGCUGGGACAAUUUUACCUGACAUUUUAUAAACUUAUAAUACAGCAAACAUUUAUUCUGUUUUAAAGUUUAUAGCUAAAGUAAUUGACUUAAUAUUUUUUGUUUUUUGUUUGUUUUGCAUGUGUAAAACGAAAUGAUUCAAAUGCUAUAUUGAAGAUAGUGGGUAUGACAGGUUAUUCUGGGUUUCUUUUUCUUUCUCCAGUUAAGAAAGUAACAUAAAGUAUAUGUAGUUAACAAAAAAGUUAAAAUAUAAUAUUUUUAAUUACAUUGGGUUAGUUGCAAUGUACAGUGUACAUAAAACAUCAGUUCUAAAUUCAAUGCUUAAUUUUUACCAUUUAAUAAAAUUAACGUUGCACAUUUGACAUGUACACCUGACAAUACCUCAAAGCAAAAUUAUAUCUGUGUAGAAAAAAACUGUGACAAAAAUGGAAACAAUAAAUCUUUUUACAAUUAAAAGGGUUUAAUAUAAAUUUUACCUCUUCCAAAGAAAGUAUUAUCUUGUCUAGAAAUAUACUACUUUAGUGAGUUGCUGGUUUAAAAUAAAUAUAAGUAGACUUGUUAGUACUUAAUAAGUUCAACAAAUAAUAAGUAGUUAUAGUAUAAAAUGUUGCAUGAUCAGUCACUAAUGGAAUAUAUAGUGUGUUUGGAAACUGUUUGGGAAAAUCUAAACUGCCAUCUAUUUGUGAUUUUCAUAAAAUAAAUGUAAAUGAUGCAGUGAUCCAAUCCCAGGUAAAAAGUGUAAUUUAGAAAUGAAAACCUAUUCUAAAACUUUAUUUAGGGUUGUUUCAUUUGAUAGGAGCACAAUACGAAAUGUUUUAUACUACAAAAUAAAUUAAAAGUUCCAUUUUAUACUAUUCAGUAUAAAAAAUAGUAGUUAAUAAAAAAAACUACAAAGGCAACAUUACCUAAGUGUGUGUGCCAUAUUUAUAUUUUGACAGUUGGUAAUAUAAAACAUGUUUUAUUAUUUUCAUUCUUAUUUAGCAAUUUAUAAGAAAGUUUGUGUUGUUAUUUUCUCAUGAUAUUUAUGUUUAUUGAAACUAAUUGUUGUAAUUAGGAAGUGAGAGGAACGUAUUUGGUUUUUAAUGAAGACAAAUAUUUUAUAAUGAUUAAUUAUUUAAGUGUUGUAAUCUAUUAAGUGACAUUAUAGCACUGCAUUUAUAUUUUAAAUAAGUUCAAAACUAGUUAACAGUAUUUAACUUUAUUGUUGUUGAGAUUAAAAACCCUAAAAUACUUAUGUACUGUAAGUUUGCCUUGUACAAUAGGUUAUCAAAAUAAGAAACAAUUUAAUUGUACAAUUGGCCAUUGACAUGUGAUGUAUAAGCUACUGUUAUUACAUAAGUUGUUAUGGAUUUUUAUAUAAGGGAUUCGUGACAACACAGAUUUAUUUGUAUUUUUUGCUAGAUUUGUCUACAGUACAUUAUACAGACCCUAUCAUAUUGUAUACUACACAGGUUGAUGCUGAAUAUAUUUGUAAACCGAGA